CUCUACUACUAGAACAUUGACCCUACCUUCGGUUUUUUCGUGUCAGUUUUGACGUAAUUCUGCUGAGGUUAAAUUGCAACAUUUAUGUCGGUACAAAUAUUUUAAUAUUUUAUAGAUUUGUUUAUGUUUGCGGUUGGAGGAAGGAAUGUUGACGCGAUUUAGAGAUGUCAUUUUGAAACUGUGUAAAUGUAAAAUGCUUGCUAAUAAUUAUAUCAGAAUUUCGAGAUUUUUGUGCGCUUUAAAAAAUGUCAAUGCUAGAUUAUUCGUGAGGUUGGCGUGGGGCUUAAGACGCUCUGACUCUUGGCGGGGUGGGCGUCUCAGUGUGGGAAGGCAAGUACCUUCUCUUGCAGCCUAAGAGCGGAGUGGAACUGGUCGUGAUGAGGCACAACGUAGCCCGUCACCACGUGGGCAAGGUGGACUUCUUUGGCCUGUACGUCGUUGAGGGUGAAGGCGUUUCUCACCAAGUGCAUGGUAUCAUCGGUCAGUUCCAACGAAGGAAGAUACACCUGGAGCGGAAAUCGGCAACAGUUGACGGCGACGAGGUCAAAAGUUACACCCGAAUUCGCAGUAGACGCGUCGAGGUCAUCCGAUCGGAGAAGCUUGACCGGCUGACAGGUAAGAUGGAGCAGUGCUGGUAUGCCGGGAACAACGCCGAAGGGGUCAUCGAUGGUACCUACACGGACUACUUAGUUGAGGCUUAAUAGACAAAGUGUGAGGUCAUCGUUACGUGCCAAUAUGACUGAAAUCGAAUGUUCAAUCAAGUCAUUUACUGGUGCGAAAUUUUUUUGGGCGCAUAAUCCAAUCGUUGAGAGUUCGUUUCUUGAUGAACGACUUUCUUUGUUUAAGGGCUGGUCCUGAGGUAAGGGUCGAGAAUCCUGUGCAAGGGUUACAGUCACCUAGCCUAGUGUGACUGUGCCUUAGUCCGAGUGGCGCGUGUGUUGUUGAGGGCUCGGUAGGUUGAGGGGCUAAUUGGUGGCGCGGUAUAGUUCCUGAUAGGAGCUUGUGGUUGAUGCAAGGGCGGAUUGCUAUCUCGUGACGUGAGUUGCGUGUAGCGCAUCCCUGAGAAUAAGCCCCGUACACUUGCUAAAGUCCCUGAUUGGGCACUGGAUGCCCAACAUUAAUUGUGUUGUUCGCUGCUCUGUGCGAAGUCCGGUCACGUAUAAUCACACAGUC